AUGUCUCAUCAGAACAAGCGUCAGAAGAAUGGCAGCGCCAUCGAACAGCCCGCAGCGGGACCUUCCAAACCUACUCCUCGACUAUUCGCACCCUUCAGAGCGUUGGGUCAUGUAACCGAUCAUGUCCCGUAUGCGAUGUUCGUACAUACCCCACAAGGUGCUUUGGCGACUCCCACAGUGAAUAUCACUACCUCGGUAGGAAGGAGUUGGUUGAUGUGGGAUGCUGCUAGGAUGACUUUGGUUUUUGCCGGACCUGACGCUGGUGCUCAUAUCAACUCCUUAGCUAUGACCGGUACGGACAUUUAUGCGAGUGCUGGAGCGAGAGUAAACAAGUAUCAUCGAGGCAAAGAGACGGGAUACUACCUAUCUCCUGAUCAAUCUACCCUCGGCAAAAUGUUGAUUUUCGGCGAUGAGCUUUUGGUUCUCAAAGAGGAUGGUACGGGUAUGGUGAUCUAUGAUCUUAACAGUAAAGAGAUCAAGAAUCAAAUUACUUUCCACACCUCAUUCACCGCCACUCAUAUCAUGCAUCCCUCAACAUACCUCAACAAAGUGUUAAUAGGAAGUCAACAGGGAGAAUUGCAGUUAUGGAAUGUCAGAACAUGUACCCUGAUCCAUACUUUCUCCCAUCCUACACCCGCUUCUGCUUCACCUAUAACAGCUAUCGUCCAAUCUCCAGCUAUAGAUGUAGUGGGUAUAGGAUAUUUGGACGGGAGUGUGAGAAUCUUGGAUAUCCGUCAGGGAGACUUAGUAAUGCAGAUGAAAGUUGAGGAUGGUGCAGUUUCUGGAUUGUCCUUCAGGAUGGACGGACCACCAAUCUUGGCGACGGCUUCUUCAACUGGAUCCUUGGCAACUUGGGAUCUAAGUAAAGGUGGAAGAAUCUUACACGUAUUGCGAGGUGCACAUGACCAGAGUAUCACUGGUCUUCAAUGGGUAGCCGGCCAGCCGUUAUUGGUCUCAUCAAGUGCGGACAACAGUGUGAAACAAUGGUUGUGUGACUCUCCGACUGUUGUGCCCCGAUUACUGAAAUUCAGAGGAGGUCAUCAUGCUCCACCAACAUGUAUACGAUACUACGGAGAAGAUGGCAAACAGAUCUUAACUGCUGGUAGAGAUCGCUCACUAAGGUAUACCAGUGUAGUGAGAGAUUCAAGGAGUUUCGAACUUUCUCAAGGUUCUUUGAUCAAGAAAGCUAUUGGUUUAGGAGUAACUGUCGACCAUCUGAAAUACCCUCAAAUUACGGCUAUUGCAAGUUCGUCCAUCAGGUCAAAAGAUUGGGAGGAUGUCGUCACUGCACACGCAGAUGAUGCUGUUGCCAGGACAUGGAGAGUGCAGGAGAAGAGAUUGGGAGCAUGGACAUUCGAGAUGGAAAGUGGUGUAGCUCAGGCGGUGACUGUCACAGCAUGCGGUAAUUUUGCUCUUGUCGGUUCCUCGACAGGUGACAUACGGAUGUAUAACAUGCAAUCCGGAAAGGAACGACGAUCGUUCUCUCUAUCUGGUCCUGCGCCGGGUGAUAGUAAACCGAAAAUCAUCGCUCAGAGUCAAACUGCCAAGUCCAAAGCUGUUAAACAAAGUGUGAACGGUACUGCAUCAAAGACCUUAGAAGCUAUCACAGGCAUUGUCAGUGAUGCACUGAAUAGGGUUGUCGUGGCUAGUACCCUGGAAGGGAAAUUAUACUUUUUCGACUUCCAUACCACCCAACUUAUCCAUACUGCUCAAUUAUCCACCUCGAUCACUUCCAUGUCGCUGCACAGGGACUCUGGUCUGUUGUCAUUGAUAUGUGAUGAUCUGACUGUCCGACUUGUUGACAUCGAGACGAGAAGGGUCGUGAGAGAGUUAAGAGGUUUCAAAGGACGGAUCCUCGAUACGGUGUUUUCACCCGAUUCAAGGUGGUUGAUUUCUACAUCCCUCGACUCAACCAUCCGAACUUUCGAUAUACCCACUGGUCGAUUGGUAGAUGCUUUCAAAACUGCUUCAAUCGCUACCAGCGUCACUUUCUCUCCUACCGGUGAUUUCUUGGCUACUGCUCACGUAGAUAGUGUCGGUAUACAUCUUUGGGCAAACAAAGCUCAGUUCUCUGAAGUGGCUUUACGACAUAUACCUGAAGAAGAGGAUGUACCGGAAGUCGGAUUACCUUCUGUUCAAGGUUUAGAGGAAGAUGCCGCUAUCGAAGGUAUCGAAGAUAUUGGAGCACCUGAAUUUACCGAUAUAUACACUACGCCUGAUCAACUGGCCGAAGGACUGAUAACGAUGUCGUUAUUGCCUAGAUCAAGAUGGCAGACGUUACUCAACCUUGAAACCAUCAAGCAACGUAAUAAACCUAAAGAGGCACCGAAAGCUCCCGAAGCGGCACCUUUCUUCUUACCUACCGUAUCAGGUUUGGAAACUCGAUUUGACUUGUCUGCAGCUCAAGAGAAAGAUACUGCUUCCAAUGGAAAGAAUGGAAAUAGAUUGGAUCUGGCUAGUGGAUGGUUGGAAAGUGAAUUUACAAAGAGGUUAUCUCGGGAAGACGAGAAUGGUGAUUAUAAUUCAUUCUUCGAAUAUAUGAAAUCCCUCCCACCCUCCACUCUAGACCUCGAAAUCCGAUCACUCAACUCCCUAGAUCACUUGAACAUGUUUUUGGCAAGUUUGAUAGGUCGCUUGAAAUCAAAGAGGGAUUACGAAGCUGUACAAUCGAUCUUAUCGAUUUUCUUGUCGGUACAUUCAGAUUUGUUGAUCUCGAAUGGUAGCUCGCAAGAUGGAGAAGAGGGAUUGGGAGAGAAAUUGAAAGAAUUGAAAACUGAACAGGAGAGGGAGAGUAGGAGAUUGAGAGGGUUGAUCGGAUAUAGUUUAGGUACGCUGAGCUUCUUAAGAGGUACCUAA